CUCCAAUUGACAAUUUAAGUUUCAUUAUGAAAUCAUAUGAGAUAAAUUUCUCUGCUUAAAAAAGUACAGAUUCAGUGUAAAUUUUUGAAUGUGAAGGAACUGACAUUCAGCACUUCCUUUAUACAGGUGCAAUGUAAUUCUCAAAGUAGCCUUCUAAGAAAGUGACAAUAUGAGAGCUGAAUAAUUAGUUUUAGAAAGUUUAGGUCAUUUACUCAAAACUGGACAAUUAGAACUGUUGGAAGAGGGAUUCCAACUCUCAUCUGCCCCAAACUGUCUUCUCAGGCUACUUAGCUAAACUGUUUGAAGUUGCCUGAGUUAUUUAGUACUACUUGUGUAGAUUACUAAAUUGUAAGUUUCAAUAUGCAAAUAUUUACUGAAAGAUAAAAUUAUUGGAAGAUCAUAAUUUAUCAAGGGCAGAGUUUAAAUGUGAUGUUUUAAAAGAAAAGUAAUUCCUUAAGGCUUGGUUCCUUGCAAUGGAAAAAUACUCAAAUAUUUAUACUCAAAAAUACUAAAAUACUCAAAUAUAGGGGACAGGCAGGUAAGGUAAGUAACCACAGCGAGGAGGGUGUAAUAAGAGAAUGUAAUAACAGAAUGUAAUAUGAUUAGUGGGGUCUGUAGCAAACUGGAGUGAAAAGUAUUUGUCAAAAGGGGUAACCAUUCUUGCUGGCUGUUCCAUGUUGGUAUCCAUAGCCUUCAAAAUCAGCUAGAAAUCUGGAUUUUUAUAGAAAUCUGGCUUUUAAAUGUUGGUUGAAUUUUAUCCUUAACAUUAUAGGGGCUAUAAAUAGGUGCUGACUGGGAAGUCCACCAGAUUUCUUUUUUCAUUUAAAUGUUUGAAGAGUGCAUGCAGAAAAAGUUGUAUUUUAAAUACGCACAGCACACGUUAAUAGAGUAUAGGCUUAGUGCCUCCCAGGUUUGUUUUGACUGGGGCGGAGAAUGGACCUGGGUUGUGAGGGAGAGAUUUUGCCUUCUGUACCCUUGUUCUAGCCUGUAACUCAUUGUGGAAGAUGGCUUUUUACUUACAUCAGGUGGGCUGAAUCAGGUCUUCUAUACAAUGUCUAGUAUUUUUAGGCAAACCAAACCCAAACCCAGGGUUCCGAAUCCUUAAGGCCAAGUUGAGACAAAGCGCUAAGUACGGGAAAUGCAAGUACCAAAUUUCCCUUUGUUGGCAAUUAUUGCUGUCAAGGCGCUAUUUAGUACGUGAGUUUUUACGAAGGAACCUACAUGAAAACUCGCUGAUUCCUCCUCCCAGAUGAUCGGCCUCUGCUGAUAACUAUAGUGAACUCCGGUGGUUGAGAAUUCCUGCAGCAAUGAAAAAGUUCCGCGUUCCUUGGUAACUAAUGGCAACCCCGGAUGUGACGUCAAAGUCCCGCCUGUGUUUCCGUCUAUCGGCGGAACUCGGGGCUCGGAGAUUUGGUGGUUGUGUACGUGGAAGUAGCUCGCGCAUGCGCAGUCCGGCACGGUCGUCUCAGCUGUGGGGAGGGCUGAGGGUAACCUCCCGGGCUCGGGGGAGACUGCUGGGGUCAUGGGCACCCGCUGACAGGGCCCGUCGAGUGGAGGAGGCGGCGAGGCGGAACGCUGCACCCUUCCCCAGGCCUGCGCCGGUCGGCCCGGCCCUCGGCUUUCUCACUCGGUGCUGCCGCCGGCCACUGCCGGCUUGAGGAGGGAGGAUGAGUUGGUUCAACGCCUCUCAGCUCUCCAGCUUCGCUAAGCAGGCCCUGUCUCAGGCCCAGAAGUCCAUCGACCGGGUCCUGGACAUCCAGGAAGAGGAGCCGAGCGCCUGGGCCGAGACCAUUCCGUACGGAGAGCCGGGAAUAAGUCCCCCUGCCAGUGGAGGAUGGGAUACGUCAACCUGGGGGUUAAAAUCUAACACUGAACCUCAGAGUCAACCGGUAGCCUCUCCUAAAGCAAUUACAAAGCCAGUUCGGAGAUCUGUGGUAGAUGAAUCUGAAACUUUCUUCAGUGCCUUUCUCUCUCCAACGGAUGUCCAAACCAUUCAGAAGAGUCCGGUGGUAUCAACACCACCAGCUAAAUCACAGAGACCAGAAGAAGAAGUGAAAAGCACCUUACAGGAAUCCUUGCACACAGGAGAGUCAAGAACAACUGAAACAACUGAGUCAAAAGUAAAAGACUCUUCUCCCUGUGUAUCAUCAGGGGAAACUCUGGUAGUAGAUACUUUGUCUCCUAAAACUGAAGGCAAGCAUGAAGAGACUGUCAAUAAAGAAUCUGAUAUAAAGGUGUCAACCUUAAGUUUGAAAGUAUCUGAGAGUGUAAUUAAUGUGAAAACAACUAGGGAAAAUUUAUCUAAUAUGUCUUCGCAGUCUCUCACAGCAGAAACAAAGGACAUGGCUUCGGAACCUAAGGAACAAAAGCAUGAAGACAGACAGAGCAAUACACCUUCUCCUCCUGUUAGUACUUUCUCGUCGGGUACUUCUACUACCAGUGAUAUUGAAGUUUUAGAUCAUGAAAGUGUAAUAAGUGAGAGCUCAGCAAGUUCAAGACAAGAGACUGCAGAUUCAAAAUCAAGUCUUCACUUAAUGCAGACAUCUUUUCAGCUUCUCUCAGCAUCUGCUUGUCCUGAAUAUAAUCGUUUGGAUGAUUUCCAAAAACUCACUGAGAGUUGCUGCUCAUCUGAUGCUUUUGAAAGAAUAGACUCCUUUAGUGUACAGUCAUUAGAUAGCCGAAGUGUAAGUGAAAUCAACUCAGAUGAUGAAUUGUCAGGCAAGGGAUAUGCUUUAGGACCUAUUAUCGUUAAUCCUUCCACCGCAAAGACUAAAAUAGUUGAGUCUGUUGAAGGCAAAUCUGAGGAAGAAGUAAAUGAAACACUAAUUAUACCCACUGAGGAAACGGAAAUGGAAGAAAGUGGACGAAGUGCCACUCCUGUUAACUGUGAACAGCCUGAUAUCUUGGUUUCUUCUACACCAAUAAAUGAAGGACUUCCUGUCUUAGAUAAGGUAGCUGAGCACUGCGAAGCUGCUGAAAGUCAGCCAGAAGCACUUUCUGAGAAGGAAGAUAUUUGCAAGAAAGUUGAAUUUCUGAAUGAGAAACUGGAUAAAAGGGAAGCUCAGUUAUUAUCUCUUAGUAAAGAAAAAGCACUUUUAGAAGAAGCUUAUGAUAAUCUGAAAGAUGAAAUGUUCAGAGUGAAAGAAGAAAGCAGCAGCAUUUCUUCCUUGAAAGAUGAGUUUACUCAAAGAAUUGCAGAAGCAGAAAAGAAAGUUCAGCUAGCCUGCAAAGAGAGAGAUGCUGCUAAAAAGGAAAUCAAAAGUAUAAAAGAAGAACUUGCGACUAGAUUAAAUAGUAGUGAAACUUCAGACCUUUUGAAAGAGAAAGAUGAGCAGAUCCGAGGGUUAAUGGAAGAAGGAGAAAAACUUUCAAAACAGCAACUGCAUAGUUCUAACAUCAUUAAGAAAUUAAGAGCUAAAGACAAAGAAAAUGAAAAUAUUAUUGCAAAGCUGAACAAAAAAGUUAAAGAGCUAGAAGAAGAGUUACAACAUUUAAAACAGGUCCUUGAUGGCAAAGAAGAGGUUGAGAAACAACAUAGAGAAAAUAUUAAAAAACUAAAUUCUGUGGUCGAACACCAAGAAAAGGAUCUUGGCCGACUUCAAGUAGACAUGAAUGAACUUGAAGAAAAGAACAGAAGUAUUCAGGCCGCUCUUGAUAGUGCAUACAAAGAACUUACUGAUCUCCACAAAGCCAAUGCUGCAAAGGAUAGUGAGGCACAGGAAGCUGUUCUAAAUCGGGAAAGGAAAGCUAAAGAAGAACUUUCCGCAGCACUAGAGAAGGUUCAAGAAGAAGCCCGUCAGCAGCAAGAAACAUUAGCCAUUCAAGUAGGGGACCUUAGGCUGGCACUGCAACGUGCAGAACAAGCAGCUGCCAGGAAAGAGGAUUAUUUACGACAUGAAGUCAGUGAACUCCAGCAGAGGCUCCAGGAAGCGGAGAAUCGAAACCAAGAACUGAGUCAAAAUGUUUCAUCAACAACAAGACCAUUACUUCGACAGAUAGAAAAUUUGCAAGCAACUCUAGGGUCCCAGACAUCUUCGUGGGAGAAGUUAGAGAAGAAUCUUUCUGAUAGGCUUGGUGAAUCCCAGACCUUGUUGGCAUCAGCGGUUGAAAGAGAACGUGCGGCUGUAGAAGAACUCCUUGCCAACAAAAUUCAAAUGUCUUCCAUGGAGUCACAGAAUUCUCUCUUAAGACAAGAAAACAGUAGAUUUCAGGCCCAGCUAGAAUCAGAGAAAAACAGGCUAAGAAAACUGGAAGAUGAAAAUAAUAGGUACCAGGUCGAAUUAGAAAACCUAAAAGAUGAAUAUGUAAGAACACUUGAAGAGACAAGAAAAGAAAAGACACUGUUGAGUAGUCAGUUAGAAAUGGAGAAAAUGAAAGUUGAACAAGAAAGGAAGAAAGCAAUUUUUACUCAAGAAACAAUAAAAGAAAAGGAACGGAAGCCAUUUUCUGUUUCUAGCACUCCCACAAUGUCACGCUCGAGUUCAGUGAGUGGAGUUGAGAUGGCAGGGCUACAAACAUCUUUUCUGUCACAGGAUGAGUCUCAUGAUUACUCAUUUGGGCCAAUGUCUGUAUCAGCAAAUGGAAGCAAUCUUUAUGAUGCCGUAAGGAUGGGAGCAGGAUCGAGUAUUAUUGAAAAUCUACAGUCUCAGCUAAAACUAAGGGAAGGAGAAAUUACUCAUUUACAGCUAGAAAUUGGCAAUCUAGAAAAAACACGCUCGAUAAUGGCUGAAGAGCUAGUUAAAUUAACAAAUCAAAAUGAUGAACUUGAAGAGAAAGUGAAGGAGAUACCCAAACUUCGAACUCAGCUAAGAGAUUUGGAUCAAAGAUACAACACGAUUCUCCAGAUGUAUGGAGAAAAAGCAGAAGAGGCAGAAGAACUUCGAUUAGAUCUUGAAGAUGUAAAAAAUAUGUAUAAGACUCAAAUAGAUGAACUUUUAAGACAAAGGCUCAGUUAACUUCUGAAAAUUACAUUCCCAUCAAAUUGAAUGUAAGCAUUUAAUAGCUAAAUGCAGACUUUCAAUAAAUUCUCUUACAAAAUUAAAAAGUAGAAUUUACUGUAGAUUAAAAAAUUGAAAAAGGUUAUUGUAUAUAGUAAUAUUUGCAGUUAAAUUAUUUUGUGCAAUAUUUGAAUUUUAUUUUUGAAACUCUUUAAAGAUUUAUUUUUUAAAGCAUUUUUUUUCCCCUGAAAUAGCAAAGAGAUUUGUUAUUUUAUCCUUAUAUCAAUAUGGUUAGGGAAGGAGAAUGGUGUUCAUAUCUUGUAUUAUAGAUAAAUAAUUGUAUCUAUAAUUUAUAUGUGUUUGUAUAUAUUGAGAACAUUUAAUGAAUGAUAUUAACAUUGAAACUUUGGAAUUUUUCACACUUAAAUCUUCAACAUUUCUAAUUACUACUCAUGAAAAUAGAUAAUAAUUGUUCAAGUAAAAAAAAAUUACUAAAUUUCCGGUUAUGAAAUUUUGAACUAAUUCUUUACUUUUAAAGUAGAAGUCACACUGACACUGAAAUUUAAAGGGUGAAUAAUUUAAAUUAAAAACUUUUUGCGGUCUGAACAUUUAUUUCACCCACAUUCCACAAUUAAGUCUGUAUAAAUUUAACUUAUCUGGAGAAAGCUGUAGAUAUUCAAAGUUACCUAGGUAUGAUUGGAUAAUGGAAAAAAUUUACUUAUAAUGAUUUUGUGAUGGAAUCAGUAACAAGUGAUUUUUUUAAUCACCCUAUAAAAUGAGUCAAAGUAAUAAAAUUAUUAACAUAAUUUUCUCUUUGAAAAUUCAUAUUUUGUAAAGCCUUAUUUUUGGCACAUUAAAAAUGAGUGUUUGAUAUUACAGAAAAUUCAUAACAAAAUUGAGAAAUUGUAGGAUUUAAUUUAAAUUUGACAUUUGCAGUUCUGUGUAAUUUAUCAUUUUAUUUUUUUCUUGAACCUUUAAACACGAAAAUGGGGCAGAAUAGCUUUAAAAAAUAGCUAUUCCUUUUUCCAAAUGUUAUAUUUUGUUCAAAAGUUAACCCUGCUAUGUUUUUGAUUAGUGAAAUAUUAUAAAACAUGUUAUCACUGAAAGUCAUUUAGCUGCCUUUACUUGCAAAUAAACACUCUCAUUUAAUUUUUAGUUAAAUUUUAAACACUAGAACUUCAGAGUGUACCUAUAAGUAAGCCAUUUGAAGAAUUGAAAUGCUUUUCGGGGCAAUUCAAGUAAACUCAUUUUUGUUCUUUUUGUAUUCCAUACAGUAUUUCUGUCACUGGAUCUCUGAUGUGUAGCAUUAAUAAAUAUUCUUUCAGUAUAAGCCAAAUUCAAAAAAUUAAUUUUCUGUAUUUUAGUGAUUAAAAAUCAGUGUAAUAGCUUUUUGUCAUCUUAUUUUUUUAAUAUUCAGGGGCUGACAGGGAAUGACAAGGCUGAUAGCAAUAAGAAAUGUACAGAAUUAGACAAUUUAGGAAACUUAGGUUGCAAAAUUCUGUCAAGUGUUUGAAACUAGAAGUUUAGGAAUUACGAAAUUAUUCUUUUAAAGUAUCCAUUAGUAAGAAAAAAACCUUUAGUUGUGGAGAAAAGAUUGCAAUAAAGCUCCUAUACUUUACAAUUCCAUAAUAUUAAACAUUCUCUUCUCUUAAUCCUUAUUAACAUUAAUAAAAUCAAUUCAACUUAAAACUUGAAAGUGUUUUCAAUUUAUUUAAAAAUGGCAAGCAGCUAAUUUAGUUUCUGGCUGUAUAUACCAAAUGUUGUUCUUUAUCCACAAAUUAAUAUCUUACUAUAGACUUAGAUCUCUCAAUAUAUUUGUAAGUUGAGAAGUGUACUGAAUCAAUUUCUUAAACUCCACUAAGUAACAGAAUACAUAUUAAAUAUUGGUUGCUAUAUUUUGCUUUGUGUUAAAACUUCUCCAUGUUCUAGUAAAUUGUUUACAUUGUAGUGCAUAAAAGAAU